CACGUGGGGCAGGUCAACUCGGCGAUUCCCUGUACGACUAACAACAUCUCCACGUUGAGUCGGAGAGGACAUGUCGAGAGAACUCGUGCAGGAUUUUCCGAUGUUAGUGUGCUCACGAUGACAACGUUCUUUCUGUUCAGCUUGGAUACUAACUGAGAUCGGACUAGUGACAGUGUUUUUUGUGAUGUGGCCUUGCGACAUGAACCAAUCAAGCUGAUACAGCCAUGAGCGAGUGUGAUUAUCUACUUGCGUUUAAUUCACCUCAGUAUUGCCCCUUAGAAUGGCGAUCGCUUGUCUAGUACUAGCUCUGGUAGUGUCUACAACAGACCUGUCGUCUGCCAACGGUCCCCCCAAGAUAUCUGGGAAUACAUACCAGCGACAUAUAGCAAAGCUUGGUAAGAACACACGCCUUGAGUGUCCGGUGGAGGCAGACCCACUGCCACUAACCCAGUGGAAGAAGGACGGCAAGAACAUCCCUCCAGGAGAGACGCGCUUCAAGGUGACCCCCGAUGGACAGCUCCGGAUAAAAGAAGUACAAAUGAACGAUGCUGGAAAUUACCUGUGUAAAGCAACAAACGGCUUCGGACAUAUCAACAUAAACUACACACUAAUUGUUGUUGAUGAGGAAAAAGGAAUUGUGAAAGAAAAUGACAACGAAUACUUGCAGUCACCUGAUGAAGAUUUAAGAAAAGCAGGAGCUGCACCAACCUUUAUUGAUGAGAACAAGAUGAAACAUAAGGUCCUGUUACGUCCAGUGGGAAGUUCGGCCAGGUUAAAGUGCAGAGCCCGCGGUAACCCACGCCCACAUGUACAGUGGUUCAAAGAUGGCGGCCAGCCAAUCGAAGACAACGAACAUUCCCAUCCUAUGUGGAUACUGAAACUACAUGAUAUGAAGGAAGUAGACACUGGGAAAUACACCUGUGUUGUAACGAACAGACUCGGUUCAAUUAAUUAUACAUACUCCAUCGAAGUGAUAGAAAAAAUGAUGAAAAAGAACAAGCCUGUGUUAAUCCCUCCACAUCCCAAGAAUACAUCAGUAGUGUACGGGGGAACAGCAUCCUUUCAGUGCCGAGUACGCAGUGUCGUUGAUCCACACAUACAGUGGCUGAAGCGUAUCGAGGUCGAGGACAUGGACAAUCACAACAGCACCAUCAGCGUGAAAGGCCAGCAGUUUGUGGUGUUGAAGACUGGGGACCUCCUGACCCGCCCCGACGGGACGUACCUCAACAAGCUGGUCAUCCACCGUGCCACGGCUGCCGACGCCGGCAUGUACAUCUGUCUCGGAGCAAACAGCAUGGGAUAUAACUUCCGCAGUGCUUUUCUGUCCGUUGUGCCAGGUGAAGGGUCAUCGUACGCAGCCCAGCCCGACACGACAUCCUCUUCCGCCAACAACCUACCUCUUAUCAUUGGAGUGCCUUCCUGUGUUGUGCUAGUGAUUGUCAUUGUGGCCAUCUUCCUGCUACAACGGCGGCGGCGCUGCAACACCACCAGCGGUGGACUGAAAGUGCAGCGCAUGCCCGUGCCCACCCAUGACAAAGACAUGUACACAAACCCAUACAAUGCUAACAUGCUACAAGCAAGCAGAGACAAACUGCCUAAGUCCACACCGAGUAUAGAUUUCUACUCUGACAUUUCAUCUGUGUCACGCAGUCAACACAACCAUAGUCAUCAACAUGUUCAAUACAGUUAUUGAGGUGUGUACAGUGGAAGAAUUUGUGACGUACAGUUGCUGAGAUGUGUACAGUGGAAAACGUUGGUGUACAGUUGGGACUGCUGUACAGAGACUGCAGAAUGGUCACGUGUGUGAACGUGCGGAUACUGCGCAUGCUUAGCGUGACGUCGAGAGUGGAAAUUCUGAAUGAGAAUUAGCGUGUAAACACCCAAUCGUGUUUAGACUCUUAGAACAUGCUCAGUGUGACUCUAAGCAUGUGCAGAAGAGGUUCACUGAAAGCCAGGGAUAUAGCUUUAUCUGAUAAAAAAUCCAAAUAACCAACGAGCUAUGUGUGAAUGUGUUAGUGAUGGAAGAUGGUUCAGUUGCCAUGGUGACGGAUAAUAAUCCCCUGACAAGUGAAGAUGGUCAAAAUCAUUAUUUACGUGAUAUUUUCAAAUCUUUUUUCUACAUACAAAAAAUCUUUUCAAAAAGAAAUUGUUGCAAAGUGAAUGUUAUAAUUAUUUGCUCAGUAGAUACAAAUACAAGAUCUAUGCAAACAUGGACUGAUCCAUCACUAUGGCUGCCAUCUUGGCUAUGCAAUGUGGACAUGGAGAGGACAUCCAGACACAUUCAGUGACUUUCCUUACAAUGUGGCCUUGCAUCUGGUGGGUGGAAUUGACUGGACAUAGCUCACCAUAUGACACAACAUAGUGCUCUUGUAUAUAAUCAAUCGCCAUGGAAACCAGGGCUCUUACAUUCAGUGCAGGUCCACAGUAAGCUAGAAACAAACCGAAAAACAACAACAGAAUGUUACAUGAAUAAUAUAUUGGAAUGGAGAGGGAAUAUAUGAAUGCAGAAUCGUGUUAGUAGUUGGGCAAUGUUAGAAAAACAUUCACAAGAUGAGGUUGGGUAGCCUAGUGGUUAAAAUGUUCGCUCCUCACAACAAAGGUUCGUUUAACCACAUGGGUACAAUGUGUGAAACCUAGUUCUGAUGUCCCCAGCCGUGAUAUUACUGGAAUAUUGGUAAAAACCGAUGUGAUUUCAGUUGGCUAUGUGAGGGCUGUUAUUUAUCGUGUCAGAGUGGAUGUGGAAACUGAUUAGCUAAUUUCGGAAUCUGUGAACUUGAUGAAGAAAUGUGUGACUAUGUGUUUCUGAUUAUUGUGGAUCUGUAGGGAUGUAGUAACCCUUGUACUGAGAAUGAUAAUUGAUAAGUUUGUAUAAUUUAUUUUCAAGCCACAUAACUUUGUAUAGAACAUGCGCGUGUGCCAGAAUGGUUGCAAGUAAGAAUGGCGGACUGAAUGACGUGUGGCUUGCGGAAACAGGGUAGAUGUUUCGACUUUCCUCCGAGAAAUGUUCAUCCACACGUUGUGGAAGUGAUGACAUGUGACAAUCAUCAUUGAACCUAUAGUGCUAUUUAGAUGAAAACUGAUUUGUUGUGAUUUUUCUGUUAGAUGUAUAUUUGUAGAAGGUGUUACAUAACCUGUAACAUAUGAAAGUGAAACUGAUUCCAAAUAUGUGUAUAAUGAACGCUGUACAAAUGUGUACAUAGUUCAAAGUAUGUACAAAUGUUCAGAUAUAUAAUAAAAAAAAUUCAGUCCUGUACAAGAUUUAAGGUUUUACAAGAUAGUUACUCAAAACAUAUCAAAGUCAAUAUAGUUUAAUUUGAUUUUUAAAAGAAGUUUUAUUGCUUGCCCUGUGUAUUAGUUGUAUGGAAGAUAGUGUUAAGGAUGACUGAGGAUUUCCAUAUAUAUAGGCGUUACCAUGGUUACAGGGUAAAGUCAAGACAGUUGGAUGUAAAAUAGUUCAUAAUAGCCCAUAGAUUUUGUCAUUGUACAUUUUCAUUGUGUAAACACCAAUAGCUUUAAUCUGCCACAUCAUUUCAAUGUAUCAGGGCUAAAGUCUGCGUACAUAGAGAAAUAUCUUCACCACAGAUACACACGACCAGGGCCAAGAUUUACCAAGCUCUCUUAGCGCUAAGAUUGUCGUAAAUUAAAUGUUAAUGUAUGGCACUUACGACUAUCUUAGUGCUAAGAGAGCAUCGAAAAUCAAGGCCCAGGACUCACAAAGCUAUCGUAGCGCUAUGACAGUCGUAUGUCUAUGUUACAGUGUAGGAAGGAGACAGUCGUAGCACUACGAUAGCUUUGUGAAACGGGCCCUGAAAUCUGUCUGUGUUGCACGUUUCAGUACAAGAGAUUUGAUUGGCUGCAAUUAUAGUCAUGUGAUCAGUUGCUGACCAUUCAUGAAACAAGACACAAAAAUGGCGAAAUGGUCCUGUAAGCCUGCAUCCACUGAGUGGCAAAUAUAUGUGUAGUUCAACAAAAUUAUUUUCCUCUGGAGAAUUUUGCAAUUUUGAUGCUAGCAUUUUAGAUAUACCCACUUCUACCUCAAUGUUGGACUUACUGAUGUAGCAUACUUGAUUGAAGGGAAAAGUUAAUUAGACGUAAUUAUUUAAGAAUCGUGAAGAUUUUGUUAUAGCAAUUUUAAACUGUUUUGUUUAUUUUCUUGUUCAGUUCACUUCAAGUUUCAAGGAAUUUUGUUAAAGAUACUUUGUUACUAAGUUUCAGUUCUUGCAAAUAUGUUCACUGAAACUCUUUCACACUUGUUCUACAUUUGUGAAGGUUGAAGUUCAUUUCACAAGUUGUGAGGAAUUUUAUUCAAAUGACAAUAUAUUUCCAAAUCUGAGUUGCAAAUGUUCUUGCAAACAUUUUUUGCAUACUGAAGUAUGGAUCACUUGUUUUCAGUACACCUUACAAAUUAUUUGCCCAAGAUGCAAAAUGGUUUAAAAUAAACACAAGAGAGUGAAGAUAUUAUGUUGGAAGGGCAUUCACUUUAUAAACAAUGUGAUUAAAGUUACUUUCUGUAUAUAAUUAACAAAUCCACAGUGGAUCUAUUCUUUUUCAUUCCUGAUUUGUUGUACAUAUAUAUAUUGCUGUUGACGGCGUCAAUGACCGCUCUUGUCCUGUGUGUGACAAUCACCUGCCCCUCUUGAGCACCGAUAUGUUGCCUUGGCAGGGUCAUGUGACUGUCAUGUGACUUUGCCAUCAGUAUUAAAUCACCUAUAAGGGAUGACGCAAUACGCCACCCAUAUGUGUAAUAUAUUGUCUUCAACGAGAAUAAAUUUGAUAUGUACAUUU